UCAAGUGUGUCGCUCCCUUCAAAACCCACAAUCCGCGAGUCCAACUUACAAGUUUUUUGUUGGUUUUUUUAUGUGAUGUGUUUACGGACGGACCUGAAUGAAUGCCUUUUGCCAUACUUUACAACUUGUUCGACUUUAUUCUUGUUUCUUUUUCGAAUUACACUUGGCGUGUGAUCGUUCUGCUGUAAAAUGAGCGAUAGCACGAUGACUGCUAGUUAUUUAUUUAUUUUAAUUUCCUGGGGAGUCUUUUCUUAAAUGUUUGUGUAUGUCGGUGAGAAGCAUGAAUGCUCGGGUCAAGCGAUGUGGCCCCCGCAGGUGCUGCUGCUGCUGUGGCUGCUGGCCAACAUCUCAGCAGAGUCACAAGCGUCGCUGUCCGCCCCGGAGGAGGUGACGCUCCAACAACGCUCCGGCGUCAACAUGACCGUCGCCAGCAGCGUUCCGCUCUCGCGGCCGCUGGUGAUCCGCCUGAACGUCACGUACAGCUCCAAGGCCGACCCCUCGGCGAUCGUCAACUUGCCGAAGCAGGUGACGCUGCCGGCCGGGGCCCCGUCGGUCACGUUCGCGGUGACGGCCCUCGCCGCCGGUCAGGUGACCGUGCGCCUGCUGAGCGACGACACGAAAGGCGGCAGCUCGGUGCCCCGUCUCCGCUUCCUGGUGGUCCGCAGCAAUACGGUGGCCGCGCUCAGCGGGGCCGUCGGGUGGCUGUACUUCCUGGCCUGGUCCGUGUCCUUCUACCCGCAAGUCUGGGAAAACUGGAGGCGCAAGAGCGUGGUGGGCCUGAACUUUGACUUCCUGGCGCUGAACCUGACCGGCUUCUUCGCCUACAGCGUCUUCAACGUCGGCCUCUUCUGGGUGGCGUCCAUCAGGGAGGAGUUCUUGCAGAGGAACCCCAACGGCAUCUCCCCCGUGGCGGUCAACGAUGUCUUCUUCAGCCUGCACGCCUUCCUGCUCUGUCUGGUCUACGUGUGCCAGGCUGCCGUCUACGAGAGGGGGGGGCAGAAGGUAUCGUGGACGGCCCGCGCCCUGCUGCUGAUCGGCUGGUCCUUCGCCGGCGUCACCUCGCUCCUGGCCGUCUUCCGGCGCCUCAGCUGGCUGGACUACCUGUACUACUUCUCCUACAUCAAGCUGGCCGUCACGCUGGUCAAGUACGUGCCGCAGGCCUUCAUGAACUACCGGCGAAAGAGCACGGACGGCUGGAGCAUCGGCAACGUGCUGCUGGACUUCAGCGGCGGUCUGCUCAGCAUCUUGCAGAUGAUCUUGGAUUCCUACAACAACGACGAGUGGCGCCUGAUCUUCGGGGACCCCACCAAGUUCGGCCUGGGUCUCUUCUCGAUGCUCUUCGACGUGCUCUUCAUCGUUCAGCAUUACUGCUUGUACCGCUCGCAGUAUCGGGAGCUCCAACGCAGCCAGGCCGACUGAAGCGGCGACCCCUUGACGUCCCGACGCUUUAGCGGACAAACGUGCUGGAAAAUAAAUGUUCACACACUGAACGUGUUGGGUGGUUCUU